UUUUUAAGCGCCUCCCGCCCCAGCUUUAGCUCUCGCACGCUUCACCGCGCUCCCUUCUUCCCCGUCUUCUCAGUCUCCCCGGCUCCGUUCGUUUCCCGUGGCCACCCCGCAGCCCCCGCCCAGGUGCCAUGGCCGCUGUGUACCGCUCCGGCCUGCGGCUUAGCUGGCACGGGCCGAGCCCCUGGGGCUGGUCCUUGCACCGCAGCAUCCAGACCCUGCGAGUACUCAGUGGAGAUCUGGGCCAGCUGCCUGCUGGGGUUCGAGACUUUGUAGAGCGCAGUGCCCGCCUGUGCCAACCAGAAGGCAUCCACAUCUGUGAUGGGACUGAGGCCGAGAAUACUGCCACACUGACCCUGCUGGAGCAACAGGGCCUCAUCCGAAAACUCCCCAAGUACAAUAACUGCUGGCUGGCUCGCACAGAUCCCAAGGAUGUGGCACGAGUAGAGAGCAAGACGGUGAUUGUAACUCCUUCUCAACGGGACACAGUGCCCAUCCCCGCUGGUGGGGCCCGUGGGCAGCUGGGCAACUGGAUGUCCCCAGCUGAGUUCCAGAGAGCCGUGGAUGAGAGGUUUCCGGGCUGCAUGCAGGGCCGCACCAUGUACGUGCUUCCAUUCAGCAUGGGUCCCGUGGGCUCCCCAUUGUCCCGCAUUGGGGUGCAGCUCACCGACUCAGCCUACGUGGUGGCAAGCAUGCGCAUUAUGACCCGGCUGGGGACACCCGUGCUUCAUGCGCUGGGAGAUGGUGACUUUGUCAAGUGUCUGCACUCCGUGGGCCAGCCCCUAACUGGACAAGGGGAGCCGGUGAGCCAGUGGCCAUGCAACCCAGAGAAAACCCUGAUUGGCCAUGUGCCUGACCAACGGGAGAUCGUCUCCUUCGGCAGCGGCUAUGGUGGCAACUCCCUGCUGGGCAAGAAGUGCUUUGCCCUGCGCAUCGCUUCUCGGCUGGCCCGGGAUGAGGGCUGGCUGGCGGAGCACAUGCUGAUCCUGGGCAUCACCAACCCUGCGGGGAAGAAGCGCUAUGUGGCAGCCGCCUUCCCCAGUGCCUGUGGCAAGACAAACCUGGCCAUGAUGCAGCCUGCACUGCCGGGCUGGAAAGUGGAGUGUGUGGGGGAUGACAUUGCCUGGAUGAGGUUUGACAGUGAAGGCCGACUCCGGGCCAUCAACCCUGAGAAUGGCUUCUUUGGGGUGGCCCCUGGCACCUCUGCCACCACCAAUCCCAAUGCCAUGGCCACAAUCCAGAGUAAUACUCUCUUCACCAAUGUGGCUGAGACCAGUGAUGGCGGUGUGUACUGGGAGGGCAUCGACCAGCCUCUUCCACCUGAUGUCACUGUGACCUCCUGGCUGGGCAAACCCUGGAAACCUGGUGACAAGGAACCCUGUGCACAUCCCAACUCUCGCUUUUGUGCCCCGGCUCGCCAGUGCCCCAUCAUGGACCCAGCCUGGGAGGCCCCUGAGGGUGUGCCCAUUGACGCCAUCAUCUUUGGAGGCCGUAGACCCAAAGGGGUACCCCUGGUAUAUGAGGCCUUCAGCUGGCGCCAUGGAGUGUUUGUAGGCAGUGCUAUGCGCUCAGAGUCCACUGCUGCAGCUGAACACAAAGGGAAGAUCAUCAUGCACGACCCAUUUGCCAUGCGGCCCUUUUUCGGCUACAACUUUGGGCGCUACCUAGAACACUGGCUGAGCAUGGAGGGGCACAAGGGAGCCCGGCUGCCCCGCAUCUUCCAUGUCAACUGGUUCCGGCGUGAUGAGGCAGGCCGCUUCCUAUGGCCAGGCUUUGGAGAGAAUGCUCGGGUGCUAGACUGGAUCUGUCGGCGGCUAGAGGGGGAGGAUAGUGCCCGAGAGACGCCAAUUGGGCUGGUGCCAAAGGAAGGGGCCUUGGAUCUCAGCGGUCUGGGAGCCAUAGACACCACCCAGCUCUUCUCACUCCCCAAGGACUUCUGGGAACAGGAGAUCCAUGACAUUCGGAGCUAUCUAACAGAGCAGGUCAACCAGGACCUGCCCAAGGAAGUGCUGGCUGAGCUGGAGGCCCUGGAGGGACGGGUGCGCAAAAUGUGACCUGAGGUUCCAGGCUAGCGAGAGAGCACGGCAGCCCCCACCCAGGAAGAAGGGAGCCAUUAAGCUUGCAGAAAAUAUGAGCAACUUUGAUAUAACUUAACAUCUUCUGGGGGCUGUGAGACCAGACCAGAGAUCUUCCCCCCUCACACUCCCCGAUAAUAAGAGAUGCUCAUUUAUUUUACAUAA